UGCAGUUUCAUCAGUUGCUCGCGAAGAGCCAUCCAGUGCGGUUGGAUGAGCUCCCUCAAAGGAAUACGAAAAGAAUAGUGAAGAAAGUGACUUGCAGAUAAGAAAGUGAAGUACAUAAGAGUGAACCGGGAAAGAAAGAGAUAGAACCGGAAGUGGUCCGUGGAAGGACAGUCGUUAUCGCAGCGCGGGUGCUUGAACUCUCGGCGCGAUGGGGCUCAGAAUGGCCUCCAUUGGGGUCCUGCUCCUGAUCCUGGCGAUCUCCUAUUGCCAGGCAGAGCUAACGCCGCCAUAUUUCAAUCUCGCUACGGGCAGGAAGAUUCAAGCCACGGCCACUUGUGGCCAGGAUACGGACGGACCAGAGCUCUAUUGUAAAUUAGUAGGAGCCAACACGGAGGACGAUCACGUGGAGUACUCGGUUAUCCAGGGACAGGUCUGCGACUACUGCGAUCCCUCGAUCCCGGAGAAGAAUCAUCCGGCCGAGAACGCGAUCGAUGGCACCCAGGCCUGGUGGCAGAGUCCUCCGCUGUCCAGGGGCAUGAAAUUCAAUGAAGUCAAUUUGACCAUCGAUUUCGAACAGGAAUUCCAUGUGGCCUACUUGUUCAUUCGCAUGGGCAACUCCCCUCGUCCGGGUCUCUGGACGUUGGAGAAGUCCACUGAUUAUGGCUCAACCUGGACCCCUUGGCAGCACUUCUCCGAUACUCCCGCCGAUUGUGAAACGUAUUUCGGCAAGGACACCUACAAACCGAUUACCCGCGACGACGACGUCAUCUGUACCACCGAAUACUCAAAGAUUGUGCCGCUGGAGGGCGGAGAGAUUCCCGUUGUGCUGCUGAACGGACGUCCCAGCUCUACCAACUACUUCAACUCAACGGUUCUGCAGGAAUGGACACGUGCCACCAAUAUCAGGAUACGUCUGCUUCGCACAAAGAAUCUUUUGGGACAUCUGAUGUCCGUGGCUCGACAGGAUCCCACGGUGACGCGUCGCUACUUCUACUCGAUCAAGGACAUCUCGAUCGGAGGAAGGUGCAUGUGCAACGGACAUGCCGACACCUGUGACGUCAAGGACCCGAAGAGUCCGGUGCGCAUCCUCGCCUGCCGCUGCCAGCAUCACACAUGCGGCAUCCAGUGCAACGAGUGCUGCCCAGGAUUCGAGCAGAAAAAGUGGCGCCAGAACACCAAUGCCCGACCCUUCAACUGCGAACCAUGCAACUGUCAUGGUCACAGCAACGAGUGCAAGUACGAUGAGGAGGUGAACCGCAAAGGCCUCUCCCUGGACAUUCACGGACACUACGAUGGCGGUGGUGUUUGCCAGAAUUGUCAGCACAACACUGUGGGCAUUAACUGCAACAAGUGCAAGCCCAAGUACUAUCGACCCAAGGGCAAAUACUGGAACGAGACCGAUGUCUGCAGUCCCUGCCAGUGUGACUACUUCUACUCCACCGGACACUGCGAGGAGGAGACCGGAAAUUGUGAGUGCCGUGCCGCCUUCCAGCCGCCGGCCUGCGACUCCUGUGCCUACGGCUACUACGGUUACCCCAACUGUCGGGAGUGCGAGUGCAACCUGAACGGAACCAAUGGCUAUCACUGCGAGGCGGAGAGCGGUCAGAAGUGUCCGUGCAAGAUCAACUUUGCGGGCGACUACUGUAAGGAGUGCGCCGAGGGAUACUACGGAUUCCCCGAAUGCAAGGCCUGCGAGUGCAACAAGAUCGGCUCGAUGGGCAACGAUUGCAACGUGACCACCGGCGAGUGCAAGUGUUUGACCAGUUUCGGAGGCGACAAGUGCGAGCGCUGCAAGCAUGGCUACUACAACUACCCCACCUGCGCAUACUGCGACUGCGACAACGAGGGUACGGAGUCGGAAAUCUGCAGCAAGCAGACGGGCCAGUGCAUCUGCCGCGAAGGAUUCGGUGGCUCCAGAUGCGACCAGUGCCUGCCGGGAUACUACAACUAUCCGGACUGCAAGCCCUGCAACUGCUCCACCACGGGCAGCUCGGCGAUCACCUGCGACAACACCGGCAAAUGCAACUGCCUCAACAACUUUGCCGGAAAGCAGUGCACGCUCUGUACUGCCGGCUACUACAAUUAUCCGGAAUGUCUACCCUGCAACUGUGACUCUCACGGAUCCCAGGGAGUGUCGUGUAACUCGGACGGACAGUGCUUUUGUCAGGCCAACUUUGACGGACAGCAGUGCGAGUCGUGCAAGGAGGGCUUCUACAACUUCCCUAGCUGUGAGGGUUGCAACUGCGAUCCGGCGGGAGUGAUCAGCAAGUUCGCCGGCUGCGGUUCGGUGCCCGUGGGCGAGCUGUGCAAGUGUAAGGAGCGAGUGACUGGCAGGAUCUGCAAUGAGUGCAAGCCUCAGUACUGGAACCUCAACUCCAGCAAUGCUGACGGAUGUGAGACCUGUGAUUGUUGGACGGACGGCACUAUUUCCGCCCUGGACACCUGUACCUCCAAGUCCGGCCAGUGUCCCUGCAAGCCGCAUACGCAGGGCAGGCGCUGCCAGGAGUGUCGCGAUGGAACCUUCGACCUGGACAGUGCCUCGUUGUUUGGCUGCAAGGACUGCAGCUGCGAUGUGGGCGGUUCGUGGCAGAGUGUCUGCGACAAGGUCAGCGGUCAGUGCAAGUGCCAUCCGAGGAUUACGGGGCUGGCGUGUACCCAACCCUUGACCACCCACUUCUUCCCGACGCUUCAUCAGUUCCAAUACGAGUACGAGGACGGAACUCUGCCGUCGGGCACUCAGGUGCGAUACGAUUACGAUGAGCAGGCAUUCCCCGGUUUCAGCAGCAAGGGCUAUGUGGUCUUCAAUGCCAUUCAGAACGAAGUGCGCAACGAGAUAAACGUCUUCAAGUCCUCGCUCUACCGCAUUGUAUUGCGCUAUGUGAAUCCCAAUGCCGAAAAUGUAACCGCCACCAUCUCGGUUACUUCAGAUAAUCCUCUGGAGGUGGACCAGCACGUAAAGGUAUUGCUGCAGCCCACUUUGGAGCCCCAGUUCGUGACCGUUGCGGGGCCUCUGGGAGUAAAGCCCUCCGCCAUUGUAAUGGAUCCGGGUCGUUAUGUCUUCACCACCAAGGCCAACAAGAAUGUGAUGCUCGAUUACUUUGUUCUCCUGCCCGCUGCUUACUACGAAGCUGGAAUUCUGACCCGCCACAUCUCCAAUCCCUGUGAACUGGGCAACAUGGAGCUGUGCCGCCAUUACAAAUACGCCUCCAUUAAUGUCUUCGAACCGGCAGGAACUCCAUUUGUAAUCGGAGAGAACAACAAGCCUACAAAUCCCGUCGAGGUGUACAGCGAUCCAGAACAUCUUCAGAUUGUCAGCCAUGUGGGCGAUAUUCCCGUGUUGAGCGAGUUGCAAAAGGAGCUUAACUACAUCGUGGAUGUGCCCCGCAGUGGACGAUAUAUCUUCGUGAUUGAUUAUAUCAGCGAUAGGAACUUCCCCAACAGUUUCUACAUUAACUUGAAGCUGAAGAACAAUCCAGAUUCGGAGACAUCCGUGCUGUUGUAUCCAUGCCUAUACUCCACCAUCUGCCGGACGUCGGUAAACGAUGAUGGUAUAGAGAGGGAGUUUUAUAUCAGCAAGGAGGAUCUGCAGCCAGUCACCAUCUAUGCCGACUUUGAAGAUGAAUCUCGAUUCCCGAUUAUUUCAGUGACCGCUAUUCCCGUCGAGGAAUGGUCCAUUGAUUACAUCAACCCGAGUCCCGUCUGUGUGAUCCACAAUCAGCAGUGCGCCACUCCGAAGUUCCGUUCAGUUCCCGAUUCCAAGAAGAUUGAGUUCGAAACUGAUCACGAGGAUCGUAUUGCCAUAGACAAGCCUCCAUAUGCCUCGUUCGAUGAACGGGUUAAGCUGGUCCAUUUGGCCAGUCCGAAUGAGGGAACAAUAGUGAUUGAAUCAAAGGUUGAUGCCGCUAAGCCCAACCUCUUUGUGAUCCUUGUGAAGUACUACCAGCCGAACCAUCCUAAGUACCAGGUUUACUAUACAUUGACGGCUGGCAAGAAUCAGUAUGAUGGCAAGUUUGACAUUCAGCACUGCCCCUCUAGUUCCGGCUGCCGGGGAGUGAUCCGUCCACCCGGAGAGGGUUCGUUCGAGAUUGAGGAUGAGUUCAAGUUUACAAUAACGACCGAUCGACCCCAGAGCAUUUGGUUGGACUAUCUGGUGGUGGUUCCUUUGAAGCAGUACAAUGAUGACCUCCUGGUUGAAGAGACCUUUGACCAGACCAAGGAGUUCAUUCAGAACUGCGGCCACGACCACUUCCACAUCACUCACAAUGCCAGUGACUUCUGCAAGAAGUCAGUUUUCUCCCUGACCGCGGACUACAACAGCGGAGCUCUGCCCUGCAAUUGCGACUACUCUGGAUCCACGAGCUUCGAGUGUCAUCCGUUUGGAGGUCAAUGCCAGUGCAAGCCGAAUGUGAUUGAGCGCACGUGCGGAGCCUGCAAGAGUAGGUACUACGGAUUCCCCGACUGCAAGCCCUGCGAGUGUCCCAGUAGCGCCAUGUGUGAACCCACCACUGGAGAGUGCAUGUGCCCUCCGAAUGUCAUUGGGGAUUUGUGCGAGAAGUGCGCCCCCAACACUUAUGGGUUCCACCAGGUUAUUGGCUGCGAGGAGUGUGGCUGCAAUCCAAUGGGCAUCGCCAACGGAAAUACCCAGUGCGAUCUGUUUAACGGAACCUGCGAGUGCCGCGACAAUAUCGAGGGCAGGGCCUGCGAUGUGUGCACCCAUGGAUACUCGAACUUCCCGCACUGCGAUGAGUGCAGUUGCCACAGACCGGGAACCGAACUGGAGGUGUGCGACAAGGUCGAUGGCACCUGCUUCUGCAAAAAGAAUGCGGUGGGCAGGGAUUGUGACCAGUGUGUCGAUGGAACGUACAACCUGCAGGACUCGAAUCCAGAGGGCUGCACCACUUGUUUCUGCUUUGGCAAGACCUCGCGAUGUGACAGUGCCUUCCUCAGGGUUUACAAUGUCAGUCUGUUGAGGCACGUGUCCAUUAGUACACCGGAGUUCCGGGACGAGAGCAUCAAGUUCGAAAUGUGGCCAGUUCCGGCGGAGGAGAUUCUGCUGAAUGAGACCACGCUGAAGGCUGACUUUACGUUGCGAGAGGUCAACGAUGAACGUCCCGCAUACUUUGGAGUUCUGGACUAUCUGCUCAACCAGAACAAUCAUAUUUCAGCUUACGGCGGUGACUUGGCCUAUACGCUUCAUUUCACCUCUGGCUUUGAUGGCAAGUAUAUUGUGUCUCCGGAUGUCAUUCUGUUCAGUGAACACAAUGUCCUCGUCCACCAAAGCUACGAGCAGCCCAACAGGAAUGAACCGUUCACCAACCGCAUUCAGAUUGUGGAGUCGAAUUUCCAAACUGUUUCGGGUAAACCGGUUUCCCGAGCUGAUUUCAUGAUGGUUCUGCGGGAUCUCAAGUCGAUCUUUAUCAGGGCCAACUACUGGGAACAGACCUUGGUGACCCAUUUGGCCGAUGUUUACCUAACGCUGGCCGAUGAGGACGCCGAUGGCAAUGGCGAGUACCAAAAACUGGCCGUGGAGCAUUGCUCCUGCCCGCCCGGUUACUCGGGACACUCGUGCGAGGACUGCGCCCCGGGCUACUACCGCGAUCCCACCGGACCCUACGGUGGUUACUGCAUUCCCUGCGAGUGCAAUGGCCACUCGGAGACCUGCGACUGUGCCACCGGCAUCUGCACGAACUGUCUGCACGGAACUCAGGGUGAUCACUGUGAGCAGUGUGUGUCGGGUUACUAUGGCAACGCCACAAACGGAUCGCCUGGCGAUUGCAUGAUCUGUGCCUGCCCGCUGCCCUUCGACUCGAACAAUUUCGCCACCAGCUGUGAGAUCUCCGAGAGUGGUAACGAAAUCCACUGCGAGUGCAAGCCAGGCUACACGGGACCCCGUUGCGAAUCCUGCGCCAAUGGAUUCUACGGACAGCCAGAGAAUAUGGGAGAGGUGUGCCGGCCAUGCGACUGCUCUGGAAACAUCAAUCCAGAGGAUCAGGGUUCGUGCGACACGCGAACGGGUGAAUGUCUGCGCUGCUUGAACAACACCUUCGGAGCCGCCUGUAAUCUGUGUGCUCCUGGCUUCUAUGGCGACGCCAUCAAGCUGAAGAACUGCCAGAGCUGCGACUGCGAUGAUCUGGGCACCCAGGAAUGUGAUCCUUUCGUGGGUGUUUGCACCUGUAACGAGAACGUCAUCGGCGAACGCUGCGAUCGCUGCAAGCCGGAUCACUAUGGAUUCGAGUCGGGAGUCGGUUGCCGGGCCUGCGAAUGCGGUGCCGCUUCCAAUUCGACGCAGUGCGAUCCGCACACUGGGCACUGUGCCUGCAAGUCCGGAGUGACGGGACGUCAGUGCGACCGCUGUGCCGUGGAUCACUGGAACUACGAGAAGGAUGGAUGCACUCCGUGCAACUGCAACCAGGGAUACUCGCGAGGAUUCGGCUGUAAUACCAACACGGGCAAGUGCCAGUGCCUGCCGGGAGUCAUUGGAGAUAGAUGCGACGCCUGCCCGAAUCGCUGGGUGCUGGUCAAGGACGAGGGCUGCCAGGAGUGCAACAACUGUCACCACGCCCUCUUGGAUGUCACCGAUCGAAUGCGCUAUCAGAUCGAUGGUGUUCUGGCUGAUUUCAACAGUGUUACAUUGGCCUUCUUCACCAGUCAGAAACUGAACUUCUACGACCAGCUGGCCGACGAACUGGAGCCCAAGGUUAAGCUACUCGACCCGAACAGCGUGGACCUGAGUCCAUCCAAGCAGGCCGUCAGCGAACUGGAGGCAGAUGCCAAGUCCUACGCCAAGCAGGUGAACCAGACGCUGGCCAACGCUUUGGAUAUCCGUCAGCGAUCGAGCACCACGUUGGCUAACAUCACGGUCGCCAAUGACGAGGCGAUCAAGAGUGCCGACCAGGCCAGGGAGGCUAUUGCCGCGGUGGAGGCUCUUUCCAAGAAUCUGGAGGCGGCAGCGAGCACCAAGAUUGAUGCCGCUCUCGAGCAGGCUCAACACAUUUUGGGACAAAUCAACGCAACCAGUAUUGAGCUGACGCCCAAUGAACAGGUCCUGGAAAAGGCUCGUAAGCUGUAUGAGGAGGUGAACACCCUAGUGCUGCCCAUCAAGGAGCAGAACAAGAGCCUGAAUGCCCUCAAGAACGACAUUGGGGAAUUCAGUGAUCAUCUGGAGGAUCUGUUCAACUGGAGCGAGGAAUCCCAGGCCAAGUCAGCCGAUGUGGAGCGCAGGAAUGUGGCCAACCAGAAGACCUUUGACAACUCCAAGUUCGACACCGUGUCGGAGCAAAAGCAGCAGGCGGAGAAGAACAUCAAGGAGGCGGGCGAUUACCUGAUCAACGGGGAUCUUACACUCAGCCAAAUCAACCAGAAAUUGGAUAGCCUAAGGGAUGCCCUAACCGAUCUCACUUCUGUGAACAAGAACGUCGACGACGAACUGCCUUUGCGGGAGGAUCAGCACAAGGAGGCAGCUGCUCUUACCGAUCAGGCAGAACAGAAGGCGGCCCAUUUGGCUGUCAAGGCAAAGGAUCUGGCUGACCAGUACGCGGAUAUGACCGCCAGUGCAGAGCCGGCCAUCAAGGCGGCCAGCGCCUACUCGGGAAUCGUGGAGGCCGUGGACUCGGCCCAGAAAUUCGGACAGGAUGCCGUCGAUGCGGCUGGCAAGGCCACUGAAAUGACGGACGGCAUUGAGGACAGAGCCAAUGUAGCCGAUAAUGGAUCCACUGAUCUUCUCCAGCGCGCCCGCCAAUCCCUGCAGAAGGUCCAGGACGACCUGGAGCCACGUCUAAACGGAUCGGCUGGCAAGGUCCAGAAGAUCUCCGCCGCGAACAAUGCCACCGAACAGCAACUGAAGGACAUUAACAUACUGAUCGGUCAACUGCCAGCUGAAUCCCAGAGGGAUAUGUGGAAGAACUCGAAUGCCAAUGCCAGUGACGCCCUGGAGAUCCUGAAAAAUGUCCUGGAAAUACUCGAACCAGUUAGUAAGCAGACACCAAAGGAGCUGGAGAAGGCGAAGGGCAUCAAUCGGGAUCUGGAUUUGACCAACAAGGACAUCUCGCAGGCCAACAAACAGUUGGACGAUGUCGAGGGAUCCGUCUCGAAACUGAACGAACUGGCGGAAGAUAUCGAGGAGCAGCAGCAGAGAGUCGGAACCCAGGCCCUGCAGUUGGGUCAGGAUGUGGAGAGUCUGAAGGCCCAGGUGGAGGCCGCUCGCCAGCUGGCCAACAGCAUCAAGGUGGGCGUCAAGUUCAAGCCAAGCACGAUCCUCGAACUGAAGACGCCGGAGAAGACCAAGCUGCUGGCCACCCGAACCAAUCUAUCGACCUACUUCCGCACAACCGAUCCCAACGGAUUCCUCCUCUAUCUGGGCAACGACAACAAGACAGCCCAGAAGAACAAUGACUUUGUGGCCGUUGAGAUCGUCAAUGGCUAUCCCAUACUCACCAUCGAUUUGGGCAAUGGUCCGGAGCGCAUCACCAGCGAAAAGUAUGUGGCCGAUGGCCAGUGGUAUCAGGCUGUGGUGGAUCGCAUGGGACCGAAGGCCAAGCUCACGAUCAGGGAGGAAUUGCCCAACGGUGAGGUGGUGGAGCACAGCAAGUCUGGUUAUCUCGAGGGAUCGCAGAAUAUCCUGCAUGUGGACAAGAAUAGUCGCCUAUUUGUGGGCGGUUAUCCGAGUAUAUCGGAAUUUAAUGUACCCUCUGACCUGACCACUAGCUCGUUCAACGGCGACAUUGAAGAUCUGAAGAUCGGCGACGAAAGCGUCGGUCUGUGGAACUUUGUCAAUGGCGACGACAACGACGAAGGCGCCCAGGAGCGGGACAAGCUGCUCGAGAAGAAGAAGCCGGUCACCGGUCUGCGAUUCAAGGGCAACGGAUAUGUCCAGCUGAACGCCACCUCGAACUUCAAGACCCGCUCCAGCAUCCAGUUCAACUUCAAGGCGGACAAGGACACGUCCAACGGACUGCUCUUCUUCUACGGCAGGGAUAAGCACUACAUGAGCAUCGAGAUGAUCAACGGAGCGAUCUUCUUCAACAUCAGCUUGGGCCCCGGUGGAGGUGUUCAAUCGGGCAGCCAGGAUCGCUACAAUGACAACCAGUGGCACAAGGUGCAGGCGGAGCGGGAGAAUCGAAAUGGUCUUCUCAAGGUGGACGACAUCGUGAUUUCGAUGACAAAUGCUCCACUGGAGGCCGACCUGGAGUUGCCCAAGCUGAGGAGAUUGUACUUUGGUGGCCAUCCGAGACGUCUGAACAGCUCGAUCAGUUUGCAGCCCAACUUUGAUGGCUGCAUCGACAAUGUGGUGAUCAAUCAGGGAGUUGUGGACCUCACGGAAUACGUAACUGGCGGCGGAGUGGAGGAGGGCUGCUCGGCGAAAUUCUCCACUGUGGUCUCCUAUGCGCCGCACGAGUACGGCUUCCUCAAGAUGAACAACAUUUCCUCGGACAACGAUCUGCAUGUGGUGCUGCACUUCAAGACCAGUCAACCGAACGGCGUCCUCUUCUAUGCCACCAAUCACGACCAGAGUUCGACUAUUGGUCUGAGCCUGCAAGAUGGCUUGCUGAAGCUCAACAGCAUGGGCAGUCAGUUGGUGAUCGACGAUCGUGUGCUGAACGAUGGCGAGAAUCAUGUGGUCACGGUUCAGCACACCCAGAAUGAACUGCGUCUCUCGGUCGACGAUGUGGAGCAAAAGAGACUUGGAUCUCCGGAACCGCUGAUAUUGGAGGGCGGUGACAUCUUCUUCGCCGGCCUUCCGGACAACUAUCGAACGCCCAGAAACGCGUUGGCUAGCUUGGCUUACUUUGUCGGCUGCAUCAUCGAUGUGACCGUGAAUCACGAGGUCAUUAACUUUGCCAACAGUGCUGAGAAGAAGAACGGCAAUAUCAACGGCUGUCCUCCGCAUGUACUAGCCUACGAACCAAGUCUGGUGCCCAGCUACUAUCCCAGUGGGGACAAUGAAGUUGAGGCUCCGUGGCCAAAUCCCGAUACACUGCCACUGCCACCAGUUAUUGAAACCACAGAGGCACCGACGAGACCUACCACAACCACAACCACGCAAACCACCACCACCACCACAACAACACCUCCAACAACGACAACGACUAGCACAACCCAGUCACCCUUAAACUUCGAUGCGGACAAGGAACAGGAGAACAGAGCGCCGCAAAAGACUCUAACCACUCGGCCACCGGCCAAGCUAAAUCUACCCAGCGAUGAGCGCUGCAAGCUGCCGGAGAAGCCCAACUUCGAUGUAGGCUUCGCCGAGGCAGGCUACCGAUUCUACGGUCUGCGGGAGCAGCGUCUGGAGAUAAACUCGCUGCCGGUGAAGCUGCGACGCCACCACGACAUUGGCAUCUCCUUCCGCACGGAGCGACCCAAUGGUCUGCUCAUCUUUGCCCCGAGCAGCAAGCAGCCCGAUGACUUCAUAGCCGUCUAUCUGCUGGAUGGUCGGGUGACAUACGAGAUGCAUGUGGGUGCAGUGCUCCGGGCAAAGAUCACCAGCGAGAAGGAACUGAACGACGGCAGUUGGCACACCGUGGAGGUGGUGCGAACUCAACGAAAGGUCAGCCUGCUGAUCGACAAGCUGGAGCAGACGGGUUCGGAGGAACUGAACGCGGAGAGAAGUCCACCGAUGUUCGAUGUCCAGUUGCCCAUCUAUGUGGGUGGCAUUACCAAGUACCUGGAGUCGGAGGUUAAGAGGUUAACCGCAUUUGACACCGAAGUGCCGUUCUUUAACGGUUGCCUCAAGAACAUUAAGUUCGAUGCCUUCGAUUUGGAGACGCCACCGGAGGAGUUCGGAGUGGUUCCGUGCUCCGAACAGGUGGAACGCGGAGUGUUCUUCAACAACCAGAAGGCGUAUGUUAAGAUCUUCGAUCACUUCGAUGUGGGCACCGAGAUGAAGAUCAGCUUUGAUUUCCGCCCGAGGGAUCCCAACGGUCUGCUCUUCUCGGUGCAUGGCAAGAAUUCCUAUGCCAUCCUCGAGCUGGUGGACAACACGUUGUUCUUCACCGUGAAGACCGAUGUGAAGAAUAUUGUAACCACCAACUAUAAGCUGCCCAACAACGAAAGCUUCUGCGAUGGCAAGACACGCAACGUUCAGGCCAUCAAAUCCAAGUUUGUGAUCAACAUAGCCGUGGACUUUAUAAGCUCCAAUCCGGGCGUGGGCAACGAGGGAUCGGUCAUCACAAAGACCAACCGUCCGUUGUUCCUGGGCGGUCAUGUGGCCUUCCAGAAGGCGCCGGGCAUGAAGACCAAGAAGUCCUUCAAGGGCUGCAUCAGCAAGGUGGAGGUCAACCAAAAGAUGAUCAGGAUUACGCCCAACAUGGUCUUUGGUGAUAUUUGGCAGGGCUACUGCCCCCUCAACUAAUGAAGAUCCGCGGAACGAUUUAAGGACCUAUGAUUUAAUUUGACCAAAAAAUACGAAUAACUGCCAGGGAAAAUCGAAAGUUGCCGACCAAAAUGCUUAUCAAAGGACAGCGAACGAACAAAUUGUAAACGAACAAAAUCGACAGGCCAUGAAAAAGUCGUGGGUUAUCAAAGAUAAUUGACCCAUUAACAAAGAUGACAGUCGUAUAUUUCUUAGUACUAUAAGCCAAACCUCUAUGUGCCAAUCUAAUGAAGCCAUACUCAUACAUAUCGUCAUUUGUAUGCUUUUAUCCUUUUAAAAACUCUUCAAGUCAAUCUGUGAAUUUUUGUAAUUUUGCCGAAUCAAUAAAUAUAAUCAUUUAAAUGAAA